AUGUCGUGGAAGAUUGAAGAUGGAAGUGGAUGGCUCCUUGCCCCCAUGGUUCUCCUUAGCUAUUUCACCGGACUUUGGGCAGCGUGGAGAAGUCGAGAUAAUGCUGCGCAGGUGACUGUGAGGAUCAAGGGGCUUACGUCUGGGAAAGCGGGCGAUCCUUACCUCGCUGCGACACUGCAGCCUUAUGCUAUUCAGAAGACAUUCUAUUGA